AUGGCCACCUACCAGGAAUUCAUCCAACAGAAUGAGGACAGAGAUGGGGUUAGAUUCAGCUGGAACCUCUGGCCUUCCAGUCGACUAGAAGCAACCAGGCUUGUGGUGCCAGUCUCCUGCCUUUUCACACCGCUCAAGGAGAGGCCUGACUUGCCCCCAGUCCAAUAUGAGCCUGUCAUGUGCAGCCGGUCCAACUGCAAGGCAGUGCUUAACCCACUGUGUCAAGUUGACUUCCGAGCAAAGAUUUGGGCCUGUAACUUCUGCUUCCAGAGAAACCCAUUCCCUCCCUCCUAUGCAGGAAUAUCAGAAGUGAACCAACCAGCUGAACUCAUGCCCCAGUUUUCCACCAUUGAGUACAUAGUACAGCGCGGGCCUGCAGCUCCACUGAUCUUCCUCUAUGUAGUAGACACUUGCUUGGAAGAAGAGGACCUCCAGGCUUUGAAGGAGUCCCUUCAGAUGUCCCUCAGUCUUCUGCCUUCCAACGCUUUAGUGGGCCUCAUUACUUUUGGACGCAUGGUCCAAGUUCAUGAGCUCAGCUGUGAGUUGAUCUCCAAGAGCUAUGUGUUCCGAGGCACCAAGGACCUCACAUCCAAACAGAUCCAGGAGAUGUUGGGUUUAGCAAAACCUCCCACAUCAGGACAGCAGGGACGUCCUCUUGCACCUCAGGAUGCUGCAACCUUUACAUCCAGGUUCCUUCAGCCUGUGCACAAAGUAGAUAUGAAUCUGACCGAUUUACUGGGGGAGCUUCAGAGAGACCCCUGGCCUGUCCCUCAGGGUAAAAGGCCACUCCGAUCCACUGGUGUAGCUCUGUCUGUUGCUGUUGGUCUACUGGAGGGCACAUUCCCCAAUACGGGUGCUCGUGUGAUGCUGUUCAUUGGAGGGCCCCCCACUCAGGGCCCCGGGAUGGUGGUGGGAGACGAACUGAAAACUCCUAUCCGCUCCUGGCAUGACAUCCAAAAGGAUAACGCUCGCCACUUGAAGAAGGCAACAAAGUACUAUGAAGCCUUAGCCAACCGAUCAGCUGUAAAUGGCCACAGUAUUGAUAUCUACGCUUGUGCUUUGGACCAGACUGGGCUACUGGAAAUGAAGUGUUUAUCUAAUCUCACUGGGGGACACAUCGUGAUGGGAGACUCCUUUAAUACCUCGUUGUUCAAGCAAACCUUCCAGAGAGUUUUCAACAAAGACUACAAUGGUGACUUCCGCAUGGCCUUUGGAGGCAUUAUGGAAGUCAAGACCUCACGAGAACUGAAGGUUUGUGGGGCCAUUGGACCUUGCGUAUCGCUCAACUCAAAGGGCUCUUGUGUAUCAGAGAAUGAGAUGGGCAUUGGUGGCACAAGCCAAUGGAAAGUAUGCAGUCUCAACCCUUCCACCACUUUGGGGAUUUAUUUUGAAGUGGUGAAUCAGCACAAUGCCCCAGUCCCACAAGGUGGACGAGGGGCAGUCCAGUUUGUAACCCAGUACCAGCACUCCAACACUCAGAGGAGGAUACGUGUCACCACAAUUGCCAGGAACUGGGCAGAUGCGCAGUCUCAGAUUCAGCACAUUGAGUCAUCAUUCGAUCAAGAAGCGGCUGCUGUGCUCAUGGCUCGUCUGGGUGUAUUCCGUGCGGAGUCUGAGGAGGGGCCGGAUGUCUUGCGGUGGCUUGACAGGCAGUUAAUUCGCCUGUGCCAAAAGUUUGGUCAAUUUAAUAAAGAUGAUCCAGCAUCCUUUAAGUUGUCAGAGUCCCUGUCACUUUACCCUCAGUUUAUGUUCCACCUGCGGCGGUCGCCCUUCCUGCAAGUUUUCAACAACAGCCCAGAUGAGUCCUCCUAUUACAGGCACCAUUUUGUCCGGCAGGACCUGACACAGUCACUCAUCAUGAUCCAGCCCAUCCUUUACUCGUACUCCUUUUAUGGUCCACCAGAGCCUGUUCUGCUAGACAGCAGUAGCAUCCUGCCAGAUAGAAUCUUGCUGAUGGACACUUUCUUCCAGCUUGUUAUCUACCAUGGGGAGACUAUAGCCCAGUGGCGAAAGGCAGGAUACCAGGAAAUGGCUGAGUAUGAAAACUUCAAGCAGCUUUUACAGGCACCUUUGGAUGAUGCGCAGGAGAUCCUCCAGACGCGCUUUCCCAUGCCACGUUACGUUGAUACGGAGCAUGGGGGUUCGCAGGCCCGCUUUCUGCUUUCAAAAGUCAACCCUUCUCAGACCCACAACAACCUCUACGCCUGGGGACAGGAGACAGGAGCGCCGAUCCUUACAGAUGAUGUCAGCCUGCAGGUUUUCAUGGACCACUUGAAAAAACUGGCUGUGUCCAGCUCUGCGUAA